AACCCCGCGACGUUCCCGUCUCCCAUCCCAGAGCCCCAAGUGCCUGCACACUGCGGCAACAAGGGGUGGCAGAGUGGGGUGCAGGGGUGAAGCCAGCGGAAGAGUGGAGCGCGGAGGAGGCUGCGGUUCCGCCUCCCGCACCGCAGCAGGGCGCUGCGGGCGCAGCUCUGGCCCCAGGAGGAGCCUCAAAGAGCGCUCAGUGAGGCCAGUGGUUAGCGAUGCUGCUGCCGCUGCUGCUACCCUCGCUACUGCUGCCGCUGCUGAGGACCCCGCUGGCCUACGCCGCGGGUUUGGCGACGGCGCUCCCCGAGUGGCAGGAUAAAGGAAUAUUCAUUAUCCAAAGUGAGAGUCUCAAGAAAUGUAUCCAAGCAGGUAAAUCUGCACUGACCCUGGAGAACUGCAAACAGCCAAACAAGUAUAUGCUGUGGAAAUGGGUUUCAAACCACCACCUCUUCAACGUAGGAGGCAGCGGUUGCCUGGGCCUGAAUUUAUCUAAUCCAGAGCAGCCACUAAGCAUAUAUGAAUGUGACUCCACCCUCGUUUCCUUGAAGUGGCGCUGUAACAGGAAGAUGAUCACGGGUCCACUCCAGUACAUGGUGCAGGUGAAGCAGGACGACAUGGUUGUGGCCUCAAGGAAACAUCUUCAUAAGUGGAUUUCCUAUAUGUCGGGUGAUGGAGACAUUUGUGAACAUCUUCACAAAGACUUGUAUACAAUCAAAGGGAACGCCCAUGGGAUGCCCUGCAUGUUUCCCUUCCAGUAUAACCAUCAGUGGUUUCAUGAAUGCACCCGGGAAGGUCGGGAAGACAACUUGCUGUGGUGUGCCACCACCAGCCGAUAUGAAAGAGACGAGAAGUGGGGAUUCUGCCCAGAUCCCACCUCUGCACAGAUAGGUUGUGAUGCUGUCUUGGAGAAGGACCUCAAUUCACAUAUUUGCUACCAAUUCAACCUGCUUUCAUUUCUCUCUUGGAGUGAGGCACAUUCUUCAUGCCAGAUGCAAGGAGGUGCUUUAUUAAGUAUUGUGGAUGAAAGUGAAGAAAAUUUCAUAAGAAAGCACAUGAGUGGUAAAGCCAUAGAAAUAUGGACAGGUUUGAAUCAGCUGGAUGAAAACGCUGGCUGGCAGUGGUCUGAUGGAACCCCACUCACCUAUCUGAACUGGAACACAGAGACAAAUGUUGAUCCAUUCGUUGAAUAUCGCUGUGGAGUAUUUAAUGCAUUUAUGUCAAAUGCCUGGAGGAGUAGGGACUGUGAGUUCACCUUGCCUUACAUAUGUAAAAAAUAUCUAAACCACACUGAUCAUGAAAUAGUUGAUAAAGAUGCUUGGAAAUACCAUGCUACCCACUGUGAACCUGGAUGGAAUCCCUACAAUCGUAAUUGCUACAAACUUCAGAAAGAAGAAAAGGCCUGGAAUGAAGCUUUGCAUUCUUGCCAGUCUGAUAACAGCACAUUAAUAGACAUAGCUUCAUUAGCAGAGGUGGAGUUCCUUGUAAACCUGCUUACAGAUGAAAAUGCAUCUGAAACAUGGAUUGGCUUGAGCAGCAAUAAAAUUCCAGUUUCCUUUGAAUGGUCUAAUGGCUCCUCAGUCAUCUUUACAAAUUGGCACACACUUGAGCCCCGAAUUCUUCCAAAUAGAAGCCAGUUAUGUGUCUCAGCAGAGCAAUCUGAGGGACACUGGAAAGUUAAAAAUUGUGAAGAAACCUAUUUUUACAUUUGUAAAAAAGCAGGCCAUGUUCUUUCUGAUGCCGAAUCAGGAUGUCAAGCGGGAUGGGAGAGACAUGGUGGAUUUUGUUACAAAAUUGACACCGUGCUCCGAACCUUCGACCAUGCUUCCAGUGGUUACUACUGUCCUCCGGCACUUGCAACCAUUACAAACAGAUUUGAACAGGCUUUUAUUACCAGUUUGAUCAGUAGGGUGGUGAAAACAAAGGACAGUUAUUUUUGGAUUGCUCUGCAAGACCAAAAUGAUACAGGAGAAUACACUUGGAAGACCACAGGACAGAAGUCUGAGCCGGUGCAGUACACUCACUGGAAUGCACAUCAACCCCGCUCCGGGGGUGGCUGUGUUGUCAUGCGAGGCAGUAGUCCUCUUGGUCGCUGGGAAGUGAAAGACUGUAGCCAGUUCAAGGCGAUGUCCUUGUGCAAGCAGCCAAUCGAAAAUCGGGACAAAACUGAGCGUGAAGAAAGAUGGCCCUUUCACCCCUGCUAUUUGGACUGGGAGUCAGAGCCUGGCCUGGCCAGUUGCUUCAAGGUAUUUCACAUUGAAAAAGUUCUGAUGAAAAGAACAUGGAGAGAAGCUGAGGCAUUUUGUGAAGAAUUUGGAGCUCAUCUUGCAAGCUUUGCCCAUAUUGAGGAAGAAAAUUUUGUGAAUGAACUUUUACAUUCAAAAUUUAAUCGGACAGAAGAAAGGCAGUUCUGGAUUGGAUUUAAUAAAAGAAACCCACUAAGUGCUGGUUCAUGGGAAUGGUCUGAUGGAACUCCUGUUGUCUCUUCAUUUUUAGACAAUAUUUAUUUUGAAGAAGAUGCAAGAAAUUGUGCUGUGUAUAAAGCAAACAAAACAUUGCUGCCCUCACACUGUGGUUCCCGACAUGAAUGGAUCUGCAAAAUACCAAGAGAUGUGAGACCCAAGAUUCCACCCUGGUACCAGUAUGAUGCGCCCUGGCUCUUUUAUCAGAAUGCAGAGUACCUUUUUCAUACCUAUGCCUCAGAGUGGUCUUCCUUUGAGUUUGUCUGUGGCUGGUUACGCAGUGAUCUUCUCACAAUUCAUUCUGCACAUGAGCAAGAAUUCAUCCACAGCAAAAUAAGAAUGCUAUCAAAGUAUGGUGCAAAUUGGUGGAUUGGACUUCAAGAAGAAAGAGGCAACGAUGAAUUUCAUUGGAGAGAUGGAUCACCAAUAAUAUACCAGAACUGGGACAAAGAAAGAGAAAUAUCUGUGAAUAAUCAGAGCCAGAGAUGUGGCUUCAUUUCUUCCAUAACAGGACUCUGGAGUGGUGCUGAUUGUUCAGUCUCUAUGCCUAGUAUUUGUAAGCGAACCAAGUUUUGGAUCAUUGAGAAAGAGAAAGAUACACCAAAAGAACAUGGAACAUGUCCCAAAGGAUGGCUAUAUUUUAACUCUAAGUGCCUUUUGGUGAGGAUCCCCAAAGACCCAAGCAAUCUGAAGAACUGGACAGGUGCUCGAGAUUUCUGCAUCGAAACAGGGGGGACACUGGUUGCCAUUGAAAGUGAGGUGGAACAAGCUUUCAUCACUAUGAAUCUUUUUGGCCAUAACACUAAUGUGUGGAUUGGAUUACAAAAUAACAAUUAUGAAAAAUGGCUAAAUGGAAAGCGUGUGACAUAUUCUAACUGGUCUCCAUUUGAUGUAAUAAAUAUUCUAAGUCAUAACACUACUGAAGUUCAAAAACAUGUACCUCUCUGUGCCUUGCUGUCAAGUAAUCCUAAUUUUCAUUUCACUGGCAAAUGGUAUUUUGAAGAUUGUGGAAAAGAAGGCUAUGGGUUUGUUUGUGAAAAAAGGCAGGAUAUUUCUGGACACGGUGUGAAUACAUCUGAUAUGUACCCAAUCCCCAAUACCUUGGAAUAUGGAAACAGAACAUACAAAAUAAUUAAGGCAAAUAUGACUUGGUAUGCAGCAAUAAAAGCCUGCCUGAUGCAUGGGGCAGAGCUGGUCAGCAUUACAGACCAGUAUCACCAGUCCUUCCUCACUGUUGUCCUCAACCGGCUAGGACACGCCCAUUGGAUUGGACUGUUCACCACAGAUAAUGGUCUUCAUUUUGACUGGUCAGAUGGCACCAAAUCCUCCUUCACUUUUUGGAAAGACAAGGAGUCAUCCUUCAUUGGUGACUGCGUUUUUGCUGAUACUAAUGGACGCUGGCAUAGCACAGCCUGUGAGUCAUUUCUGCAAGGUGCCAUUUGUCAUGUGCCCACUGAAACAAAACCAUUUGAACACCCAGUGUUGUGCUCAGAAACAUCUAUUCCCUGGAUAAAAUUUAAAAGUAAUUGCUACAGUUUUUCUACAGUCCUAGACAGCACGAGUUUUGAGGCUGCUCAUGAAUUUUGCAAAAAGGAAGGAUCUAAUCUUUUAACAAUCAAGGAUGAGGCUGAAAAUUCAUUUCUCCUGGAAGAGCUUUUUGUAUUUGGUUCUUCUGUCCAGAUGGUUUGGUUGAAUGCUCAAUUUGAUAGUAACAAUGAAACCAUAAAGUGGUUUGAUGGAACACCCAUAGACCAAUCAAACUGGGGCAUUCUGAAGCCAGACGUGGACUACCUCCAGUCCCAUCAGUGUGUUGCCCUGAGGAUCCCCGAAGGAGUGUGGCAGUUAUCACCAUGUGAAGAAAAAAAGGGGUUCAUAUGUAAAAUGGAGGCAGAUAUUCACACUGUAAAGGAGCACCCAGGAAAAGGACCGAGUCACAGCAUUAUUCCUCUUGCAGUUGCUCUGAUAUUGAUAAUAAUCCUAGUGGUUAUCACAGUGUUCUACAUACACAAGCAGAAUAGUGGCUUCUUCCGGAGACUUACAGGGUUUCGGAAUCCUUACUAUCCUGCAACCAACCUUAGUACAGCACAUUUAGAAGAAAAUAUUCUCAUUUCUGAUCUUGAGAAGAAUACCAGUGAUAAUGAAGUCAGAGACUAGCACAACUCUGGAGAUGAGCAGAGAAGACAGCAAGGGGAGUCCUGUAUUUCCCUUUAACUAGAUACCAUUAGAAUGGAAUUGUGUCACUAUUUUAACUAUUGUUAAGGUGAUUACUGGAUUUUAAUUGUAACCAAAUCAAAUGGGGUUUGAUUUAUCCAUUUUCCUAAACUGUGAUCCAUUCUUAAAAAGGGGAAAUUAUGCAAUGAUUAUUAUUCAGGAAGACAGGAGCUAUUAAAAGAAACCCCUAUUGAAAACUCUCAAACCAAUGUUAAUAAUUGCUUUUGCACUGAUCCUACUAAAAAUUUUUUUGGUAUUGUAAAACCAAGCUGGUACCUAGUCAGACAUUCACCAAACUCGUUACAUUAAAAGAGGGAGAAAGAGGAAGACAAAUUUCUAAAUUCUAUACUUACAUAGGAGAGAAAUAGUCUUCUUAGGUUUCUUGUUUGUUUCUAAAUCAAUCAUUUCCAAUAGCCAGAUUUGAAAAGUACUAAUUUAUUUCUAAAUUUCUAAAUUUAAAACACAUGUUCUGGACUCUUAACAUUUAGAGUGAUAUUAAUUUUUAAUUAGGUAUGACUUCUCAAGUGAAAGGGAGGAAAAAAUGAUCUUUCUUUAAAUAGUACAGUUGUUGGUUUUAUGAGCAGCCACAUAGUUAAAAUGUGACUUGAACCCUUUGAAUCUUUAAACUGCUAAAUGAUUAUCAAGUUUGAUAUUUAAAGAUAUGUUAUAGAUAAGCUUAAAGGAAUAUAUUGAUAUUUGAAUACUAUUAAAAAUUCAUGAAAUUUAUUAAAAACAAAAUAUAUAAAAUAAUGUAUAACUUUCUCAACAACCAGAAGAUAUAAAAAUAAAACUUGAAUUUAAAGGGGAAAAAUUGGGGAUCUAACUUACAGUCCUAUAAGAAUGAGACUAGAGGAUGCAUUGAGAAGUACUAAAUAAAUUAACCUCCACUAAUAAUCUAGAUACCUUUUAUGAUAUAAAUGACUUGAUUUAGAUGUUCUUCUUAAUAACAUCUGAUUUCUGGGAACUGUCUCCUUUUGUGUUAGGCUAGUUAGUUCCAUUGGUUAAUAAUAAUUACUGCCAGCAAUAAAAAAAAUCACAGGUUUGAUCUUCCUUUGUUAAUUUCUUAUAAAGAAAAAUGAAUCCAAAAUCAAUAUUCAGAAGUUCACUCAUUGCGUAAGUGUUUGCUGAGCUCCUAUUAAAAACAACAUGCUAGCUGGCAGCUGGGGGUGCCAGACUGCACAAACCAGGGAGUCUCAAUGUUUGUAGCAUUUAGUCUCCAAUGAGAGAAACCUAAUAGCACCCAGUAAAGAGUUCAUAUGUAGAAAAUAGUGGGUAGUUAUGAAAAUUAAGUAAGGUUCUGUGAUAGAAACAGGGAAUCUCAGGCCUAAAUUUCUAAAUUUAAAAGGAAGUGUGCAUUUUUUGUUAAAACCAACUGCCUCAACACUGGUGGUCACUAGUCACAAGGGGGAGCUCCCGGAGAAAAUAUGAAUGAAUUUCCAAGUGGCAAACCAACAUCUUUACAAACACAUUUGAAGAGCAUAUAAGAACAGAGUGCUUGUGGACUGAAACAUUAAAUACAACUUCCAACAGCAGUUUUUUGCUACUGCUGUGAGUCUACACACUGGGACCAUUGACUUUUAUAAUUUUUUGUCUUAGGACUUCAUUUUUUAAAAGACAUAUAAUGCAGAAGGUGUAUAUUUACAACUCAAAAGAAUAACAAUUGAUCUGAACUAACCAGAACUAAGCUCAAUUUAACAAUCUGUCAAGUGAAAUUAAAAUUCUGCUCCUUUCUGCAGACUUGAUAAAAGCUAUAAUCAAUUAGCCUUUCAGACAAAGGAUAUAGUCACAUAUAACAAUUUGAAAAUGUAUGUCAUUAGGAAAGUACUUUAGAAGAAAAAAACUGUUGCUUGUUAAUGCUCUGUAUUUUGCUCUUUAGUACCGAACCACAUCUCCAGAGAAACUGUCCCUGUAAACAGAUCAUUUGCCAUUGCUGAAAUUUCAGAAAUACAAAGUACCAGAAUAUUUGCCUUUACUCAUGCAUGUAUAUAUUUUAAAACUUUUUCCAUAUCUACUUUUAAUCUGAAUUAGAUUUUAUAGUCACAACAUAAAAUUUAAAAAAAGUAGUAGGGUCACAAACUCACACAGAAUUAAUAUGUUCUCCUCUUUUAAAAGUCAGUCUUUCCCUAUUUUUAUAAACUCUGGAUAAUGGAGAAUCUUGGGUUUCCAAGUUAGAAUAUCUUGACUUCUGUUUCCAACAGUAUUCUUCCAGGUUAAAUGUUUCUUCUGUUGAAGGAUCUGUGCCCCAUCAAGGGUGAAUCAGGUGAUCUCUUUAGAUGCACAUUCAUUUGUGCCGUUCUUUCCUUCCUUAAAAUGGCAGCUGGAUAUAUGGCAACUUGCUGUGCCCUUCUGGUAUUGGGAGGAGAAGGUCAUAACUGACGGCUGACAUGUGUCAUCUGGUAUCCACUGAGAGCAGCUGUCUGGGCCCACUCCCUGGAGAUCUUAUAGCUUGUAGUCUCUUCUCUGCAUUGGGCCCUGUCCUGGCUCUUUCCGGCACUGCCUCAUUUCCUGAGAACAGGCUGUGAUUCCCAUUCAGUGCCCUCCCAGGAUAUUGCAGUGCUUGGCUACAAGGCCACCUCACGCCUGCAAUGGAGAAACCCUACCCAGCACCAUCAGUUACUCGAUUAGUCAGGACAAGCUAAAUACUGUAAUAAACAAUCCCCAAAUCUUGGAAUUGGAGCUCAGCAAAGGUUUAUUUCUUACCCACACCUACAUGGAUGAGCAGGAGGACUUUGUUUUAUGCAGUCAUUCAUGGAUGCAGGCCCCUCUUAUGUAAUGGGCCAGCAUUUCUUAAGUGCUCGGAGUCUUCCAAUGGGUCUCCUACCUGUUGCUAACAGAGUUAACUGGAGAUCUAUGAUUGAUUUAUGUAGUUUCUAUGAGUUUUUUUUAAAGCUUCUCACUCUUUUUUAAAAAUAUUUUUCAGUUGUAGAUGGACACAAUACCUUUAUCUUAUUUAUUUUUUAUGUGGUGCUGAGGAUCGAAACCAGUAUUCCUGUGUGUUAGGCAAGCACCCUACUACUGAGCCACAACCCCAGCCCAUUUCCAUGAGCUUAUUUGUGUCUCAUUUUAGUUUUUGCACUGGGGAUUGAACCCAGGGUCUUGCAUAUGCUAAGCAUGUGCUCCACCACUGAGCUACACCACUAGGCCCAAUGUACUACUAAAAUACAAUCAUGAAGUCAACAGUCUUCAAACUGAGAACACACACCAAAGGGUACAUAAAAAUUUCCAAGGAACACAGGGGUAUGGAUAUUUUUAAGGAUCUCAAUUUCUAGAAUCUUAACCUUCAUGUGUUAUUCCUGCUAGGAAGUGACUCACCGGAGAACACCCUAUGAUCAAAGUGUCACUCUGGUUCUUUCCCACCUCUCUUUGUACAAAUAUUUUUCUCUACCUUAAAAAAUAUAUAUAAAAAAAUUUUUAAACAUAGAUUUCAUACCAAAUUUUGCUAUGAUGGCUUACCUUUGGAAACUCCUCCAAGGCACCAAAGAAAGAAAAAAAAUGCAAAAUAUUGGUAUCAGUGAAGUUUCUUCAAAAAAAAGAAAUCAUAAACUUUGUGCAGAGCCUCCUGUCUUUCCCUGCCUUCAUACAUUUUUCUGUUAAGGAUGAAGCAAUGAGUCAGAAACGAGUUACUGUCCCUCAUGUUCACACUCUGGGUUGAUAAAUGGACAUGCGCCCUACAGUGGAAGAGCAGCAGUGCUUCCUACCUCGUUUGAGACCUCAGCUCAUCCAUCCCCUGUCUAUUGUCUAAGAAUGUUUUUCUAGAGAGACUAUCUGGUGAAACAACGUGAAGAGAGUGUAGAUAUUCCUGAGAGCCUCACAUGUGUGCUAUCGAGGUAAAAGCUCAUGGUUUUAUCUAUGUUGGAUUUCUGAAUAGUGAGGAUGCUUAUUUUAACUAAAAAAUGAAAUCCGACUUUUUAUGAACAUUGACUUAUUUGGCUCAUUGGUUUGACAGUGGGAUACUUCUCAAGUAGUACAAACAAGAACAGGAGGGACAGAAUCUGGGGGGAAAAAAGGGUAGGUACUGAUUAAACCUGUCAGAGGUAGAGAAACAGACUUAACAGGGUAAGCAAAGUCUAAUAAGUAGUAGGAAAUUUAGAUAAAACAGCUUUCUUUGAUAUCUUUUUUAAUCAGAAAGUAGCUUUUUUAUUUAGUGCCUACAACAAAGAAAAGAUGGACCAAAUCUAUGUGCUGUUAACUUUUGAAUUCUCAGGGAAAAACAUGAUCACCUGAUUGACAUUUUUUCACCUUUAUACUGUGGCUAAAUCCACUUACACCCUUAUAGUGUGGCUAAAUCCACUUAAGCCAGCUUGUUUAUAGUGAAUCCUAGUUAAUACUGGAGUGAAUUAGAAGAGGCAAAUAAGUCUGGAUUGUUCAUCAUCAUCAUAUUCAAACAGUAACUUACACAAACAAUUUUUAUUUAUAUUAUAUCCUGUUGUAUCAGCAACAUAACUAACAUGUAUUAUGGCUCUCUCUCAUAAUUCUUAGGCAUAAAAAUAAUGGUUUACAUUUAAAAAUACUAAAACUAAGUAAAAAUUAGAAAUAAGAAUUAAAAAUUUCUAUCUAGCCAAGUGAGGUGGCACACGCCUGUAAUCCCAGUGGCUUCGGAGGCUAAGA